AUGACCAAACUCUACAGCAAGUCCAAAGAAAUGGCCGAGCUCAUAUCAUCUCAACCAUGGAUAGAUGAAGCCCUAAGCUCCCAAGAUGAGAUGAAGGAAGAAGAUAGCAGGCAAGCCUCCUAUGGGAUACUUGCUGGACUUAAUGAAGAGCAUGACAGUAUUGAGGAGGAGGAGGAAGAAGAAGAAGAUGGUGGGAAGCCAAAGAGAAGGGGCCCUAAGAAGAAGAAGAUGACCAAGGCAAGAAUUGAGAGGUUUAGGGCCCGCCGGGUGAAGGCUAAUGCCCGGGAGCGAACACGGAUGCAUGGGCUCAAUGAUGCUCUGGAUAACCUUAGGCAGGUGAUGCCCUGCUACUCCAAGACACAGAAAUUGUCCAAAAUUGAGACGCUCAGACUUGCCAGGAACUAUAUAUGGGCUUUGUCAGAGGUCCUGGAAAGUGGGCAGACUCCGGAAGGGAAAGGUUUUGUCGAGAUGCUAUGUAAAGGUUUGUCCCAACCAACCAGCAACUUGGUGGCUGGCUGCCUGCAGCUGGGACCUCAAACCCUGUUCUUGGAGAAACAUGAGGAGAAAAGCCCUGUCUCUGACUCAGCUGUGCCCGGCCACAGUUUUUCUUACCAGUCUCCUGGGCUGCCCAGUCCACCCUAUGGAAACAUGGAGGCCCACCUUCUACACCUAAAGCCUCCCACAUUCAAAAGCCUUGUGGAUCCAUCCUUUGGCAACCACCACCAAGACUGCACAUCUCCAGCAUAUGAGGGCCCCUUGACACCUCCCCUGAGCAUCAGUGGAAAUUUCUCCCUAAAGCAAGAUGGUUCUCCAGACCUGGAAAAAUCAUACAGCUUCAUGACCCACUACCCAUCUGUUAGCUUGAGCAGCACUCAUGGGCACAGCUCUCAUUUCUCAACCUCAGUGCCCAGGUAUGACAUCCCCAUAGAUAUGAGCUAUGACUCCUAUCCUCAUCAUGUGGUUGGGGCCCAGAUCAAUGCAAUAUUCAGUGAAUAA